CGGUAAUUCACUUGCUGUCAGUCGUCGUUUAAUGCAGGAAAAAGUGUUUGGUACUAGCUUUCAGACUGGCAGAAACAAUGGAUCAGAAAAUUCCUUAUGAUGACUAUCAGCUCCCAGUAGUAUUCCUGCCUUCUUAUGAGAACCCACCAGCAUGGAUACCUACACAGGAGCGAGUUCAUCACCCUGACUACAACAACGAGCUCACACAGUUUCUACCUCGUACCAUCGUGUUGAAGAAACCCCCAGGAGCACAGCUGGGCUUCAACAUCCGUGGGGGCAAGGCAUCACAGCUGGGAAUCUUUAUAUCCAAGGUGGUCCCAGACUCAGAUGCCCACAGAGCGGGGUUACAGGAGGGAGACCAGGUUCUGUCUGUGAAUGAGGUUGAUUUCCAAGACAUAGAGCACUCAAGAGCUGUAGAGAUUUUGAAGACUGCGCGAGAAAUACUAAUGAGGGUUCGCUUCUUUCCUUACAACUACCAAAGGCAGAAGGAGAGGACUGUACAUUAGGUGGCAGCAAAGAGAGACAUGUGGGCAGACGCGUCCCUGCGCGUCAUCACCCUCCUCCCACAGGACUCUGGCCUCCAUUCUGUCUCAGCUUCACGAUGACUGCUGUAUGACUAACACACUCAUUCAAAGUGCUCCAUGUAAGGACAAUAUAUACUGUGUUAUAUACUCGGUUUCCUCUCUCACCCAGAUACAGAUAAUCUCCUGUGAUGUGUGAUUUCUGCUCCAUCAGGAUGUAUUCACAGGAAGUGAAGGAGGCAGAAGCUUAGCAGACAUUUUACAUUAUAAAUUAUGGAACUGAUUUAUAUUUUCUAGUCAUGCAUAACAAUUAUAGAGCCUGCAUAAUUGAAUGAAGCAUUGCAUUUAUUCCCUUUUCCUUGAGACCUAAUUGGAUGAUUCUGCUGUAGUCUUAGAAAUAUAUUUUAAUCUAGCACAGAGCAGCACUUGCACUACACUACACAUUUGCCUUGAUGACACUGAUACAAAGUAAAUAUAUAUAUACACACUCACUCUAAUGUAAUCUGAUGCAUCAGCCUGGCAAUAAAUCUAGCUGUCCUGAAAAUGCUUUAAAAAUUUUGACAGAUAACUUACCAACUUAUUUUCCUGGGUCUAGCGACUGCAUUUUACAGUUCUCGUGUUUAUUUGAAUGUUGAAUGUCCAUUUGUAUGAUGAGGGAAGACUAAAUAUCAAAAAUACAACAGCACCACAGCACUCUUAAAUUACGGUUGAAUCAACAUCGCUCCUAAUCAGUUAUAACACAAACUGAACAUUAGCAUGAAGGCAGGAUUUAUUGCAGGGCUGUUGUAUUAGACGGCAUUAGUUUGAGCUAGUGUUCCUAAUAAACUGGCAGCCAAGCGUAUAGACGUGAUUAAAAAAAUGUACAUAUAACUUGAAUUUCAAUGCACUGACACCUGGUACAAAGAUACAUCGUUAAGAACAGGACUUAGGCAGACCGAUCUGUUUUUAACAUGUUUAACGCAUUUUUUGUGUUGGAGAUCUUAAGUUGUGUAAAUAUAUUUAAUAGACUGCUAUUGUGGACUCAGCAUUACUUUAUAAAUGUCCAGUAGGGCUGAAAAAUGUAUGAAAAUAUUAUCAGAAAUGCAAUAUCCAAAUGGCAGGUGCAGCAGUGUUUUGAUAAAGGUAAAGUUGCCGUUAUAAUUGAAGCACUGUGGCGCUGCAGAGAUGCCGCGGCCUACAAAUCUUAUUCUCCACAUGUAAGCGAAAAUGCUUGUUUGGUACAGACUCCAGAAAAAAAUCACAACAUUUUUAGGUUUUUCAGUGAAAAUGAAAUGCAAAAAUGAUCAUUCCCGCUAAAAUCAUGACUGAUCUCAAUCACAUCUGUCAAAUGUUAGUUUUGUUCAUGUUUCAUACACGAGUUUGACAGAAAGUGCAAAUGAUCUUGUAGUUAUUUCAUGCAUAAACUGCAGUGCCAAAGUGUUGAUAAGUAUCAUUUCCAACAUGCUAUUAAAGUGCAUAACAGCACAUUGUGCCCCAGAUCUUAGUAUAAUGGUGAAGCCUGUGAUUUUUUUUUGUUUUUUUAAUCUUUGUGCAGCGGUGAAUCCGAUGUUAGCAGGAUUUCAUUCCAUCGGCAAACUUUAUCUGGUGCUUUGAUCAUUUGAGCCUCUCCGGCUCUAGAUGUGCCAAUCAGCAGACACAAGCUUUGGCCAUAAAGCAGAUCCUCUGAUAAGAGAACAUUUAUAGAACACACUGCUGGAUGUUACUGCUAGUUUACAGUCGGUUCAUGUCUUUUAAACAUUUGUGGAGACCCAUGUGAAUACCAACCUGUUACAUCUCAACACUGUCUUAAUGUUUUGUACACUCAUGAUUUUCAUUAAAAGAAUAACUGUU